CGGCCAUCACAAUUCACAACCCUACCUGAAUUUUGAUUAAUACCAGUUGAAUAAUACCGGUUGAUUGGCCAACAAUUUUAAGUUAUUGUACAUUUUCGGUAUCAUAGACAAAAUAAAAUAUCUUUCAAUUUCAUCAAGUCGAGGUUAAGAUUUUCACGAAAUCCGUCGUUUCUUUUCUUUUUCCUUCUUUCUUCAUUUCUCCUGUCUUCAAUUACCUGUCUACGCCAUACGCAGAGAGGCGAAGAGAUUUUCGUUGGUCUCUUAAGAGGAGAUGGCUUGGAGGCGCCUUCUCACGCAGGUUUCCAGGCAGCAACCAGAGUUGCAGCAAUUCAGUUAUCUCUAUGCUAGACAUAAUCCCCUUGUACAGAAGCUUACUGGUGCUGGAGGGAAGAGGCUUACAUCAUCUCUCCAAGAAAGAUUUCAGUCAAGCUAUGUUGGUAAUUUAGCUCGCAGAGUACGUGAUUCAGAUGGAGGUAAUGAUGCCACACUACUGAAGGAGCUUUAUCGGCGAAAUGACCCAGAAGGAGUUAUAAGACUUUUUGAAAGUCAGCCUUCGCUACAUUCUCAUCCAUCAGCACUUGCUGAAUAUGUAAAGGCAUUGGUGAAAGUUGAUAGGCUUGGUGAAAGUGAACUGCUUAGGACAUUGCAGAGAGGUAUUACUGGAACUGUUAAUUCAGCAAGGGAAGAAGAAGGUAUCGGCAGCCUUUCAGCUUUGAGGAAUGUUGGAAGGUCUACAAAAGAGGGAGUCCUUGGAACUGCUAGUGCACCCAUUCAUAUGGUGACAGCAGAAGGUGGGCAUUUCAAAGAGCAAUUGUGGCGUACAUUCCGUACUAUUGCACUAGCCUUCCUUCUAAUAUCUGGUGUUGGAGCGCUGAUAGAGGAUAGAGGAAUCAGUAAAGGGCUUGGACUAAAUGAAGAGGUGCAACCUAGCAUGGAAUCAAACACAAAAUUCAGUGAUGUAAAGGGUGUUGAUGAGGCCAAAUCUGAGCUAGAAGAGAUUGUUCAUUAUCUCCGGGAUCCUAAGCGCUUCACUCGUUUAGGAGGCAAGCUCCCAAAAGGUGUUUUGCUUGUUGGUCCACCUGGUACAGGUAAGACUAUGUUGGCAAGAGCCAUUGCAGGAGAAGCUGGAGUGCCUUUCUUCUCAUGCAGUGGGAGUGAAUUUGAGGAGAUGUUUGUGGGUGUUGGAGCCAGGAGAGUGAGAGAUCUUUUUGCUGCAGCUAAGAAGCGAUCUCCCUGUAUAAUAUUCAUUGAUGAGAUAGAUGCAAUAGGAGGGAGUCGUAACCCUAAGGACCAACAGUACAUGAAGAUGACUUUGAACCAGUUGCUUGUUGAAUUAGAUGGCUUUAAACAAAAUGAAGGGAUUAUUGUGAUUGCUGCAACAAACUUCCCAGAAUCAUUGGACAAAGCACUAGUGAGACCUGGACGGUUUGACCGCCACAUUGUUGUUCCAAAUCCAGAUGUGGAAGGACGGAGACAGAUCAUGGAAUCCCACAUGUCGAAGGUUCUUAAGGCAGACGAUGUUGAUUUGAUGAUCAUUGCCAGGGGAACACCUGGAUUUUCAGGUGCUGACCUUGCAAAUUUGGUCAAUAUUGCUGCCCUCAAAGCAGCAAUGGAUGGGGCAAAAGCAGUGAGCAUGGCUGAUCUGGAGUAUGCAAAGGACAAAAUCAUGAUGGGAAGUGAGCGGAAAUCGGCUGUAAUAUCUGAGGAGUCACGAAGGCUCACUGCAUUCCAUGAGGGUGGCCAUGCCCUUGUUGCCAUUCAUACUGAUGGGGCUCUUUCUGUUCACAAGGCAACAAUUGUUCCACGAGGGAUGUCUCUUGGAAUGGUUGCCCAAUUGCCAGACAAGGAUGAAACAAGCAUAUCUCGCAAGCAGAUGCUAGCUCGGUUGGAUGUGUGCAUGGGUGGCAGGGUAGCGGAGGAGCUCAUCUUUGGAGAAAAUGAAGUUACAUCUGGUGCAUCUUCGGAUAUCCAACAGGCAACAUCUCUAGCUAGAGCUAUGGUUACGAAGUAUGGGAUGAGCAAGGAGGUUGGGUUGGUUUCUCAUGAUUAUGAUGACAAUGGAAAGAGCAUGAGUACAGAGACGAGACUUCUUAUUGAGAAGGAGGUGAGAGAAUUCGUGGAGAGGGCCUACAACAAUGCAAAAUCUAUUUUGACAACCCACAGCAAGGAGCUUCAUGCACUAGCCAAUGCCCUCCUUGAGCAUGAAACAUUGACGGGGAGUCAGAUUAAGGCUCUGCUUGCCCAAGUAAACUCCCAGCAGCAACAUCAUCAUCAGCAGCUGCAACAGCAACCUGUUUCUCAGGACAGUUCACAGUCUGCACCUGUCCCACCUGCUGGACCAAAUGCAGCAGCAUCAGCUGCGGCAGCAGCAGCAGCUGCUGCUGCGACGGCUGCUGCGAAGGCCAAAGGCAUUGCUCCUGUUGGAUCUUAAGUAGAAGUGGGCUGGUAAGAUCUUGGUUGACCCUUUUCUAUAUAUUGGAUUUACUGUGCAUAUAGCAAUUUAACCUACAGGUUCCUUUCGAGAAAGAAAAAUGGAAAGCUUUAAAACUGUAUGUGCUGCCAAUGCAGUUCCAUUAAUGUAAUUUUCAUUCCAUGAGUGUUAGCUGUUAAGAAGAACGCAAUGUGUAGAAAUUAAUGGCAGUAACAUUACCAUGUUAGUAUUUCUGAGUCAACCACCAUGAAACUAGAAAGUUUUAGGCAGAAUCCAUUGUCAUCUAUAGUAUAUGCUAUUGCUGACACAGCCAAAACCAGAAUACCUGCAACCUUCCGUCCCCUUAAAUUGAUGCUUGCCUUUUCAAGUUUGUAUUUUCUUUUAGACCCUGGAACUUGUCCUACCUGCUUAGACGUAUGGUCUAGAACUGGUUAUUUUCAUCAGUAUUGGUCUGUUAACGUUUAUUUUUUUUUUUUAUGCAAAAGAAAGAGAUCUUCAUCAACUGUUCGUAGAAAGAGUUGCAUGAUUAGAUCGUCUAGUUCAUAUUGGAUACGUAACUGCCCCAUGCAUGACAUGUAAGCAAAAAAAUGGGCAGCUUGGUUGUGCUGUCAAUUAAUAUGUACAAAAUUUAUAGACAAAAAGUCAGAUCUAGCAUGUCUUAGACUGCAGCGAUGAAGUUGAUCCACCCAAUGCUUCGCUGGUCGAUCUGUAUUCACAAGGUCUAUUAGGUCUGCGUUAUCAUAAAAGACUAGAAGAUGCCUGAUGUUGUUCGAGCUUGCGGCUUUGAAGCCCAUUAAAAGGGCUUGUAUUUUGACAUCAUAACUGUUGAUGGCCCAGCAUGGGCCGCCUCCUGCAAUUUGGAAUGCAUCAGUGGUGUUCUUGAUGAUGAAUCCUCGUCCUGCACUUCCUGUAACUGGAUUAAAAGAGCCAUCAAUAAACAUGGAGGGGAUGGAUGAGUCGAGUGGUAAUGCAUGAUGAGGGGAGAGGUGUGAUAGCGAUCUGAUGCAAGGUGAAUCAUCUUGAAAACAGUGCUGUAGAGCCUUUUGCACUACCAUUAGUGGUUCGGUGGUGGUGCUCUCGAAGAGUAACUUGUUGCGUGCUUUCCAAAUGUAGUAGGUGAUCAAGCUAAACUUGCUUAGACAUGAUGAGGCUUGUUCUUUAUCAAACUGAUUUUUCAUUGCAAUGUACCAACCUAAUAUGAUGAUGUGAGCUGGUUGAGCUGUAAGUGAACUGGGGUCGAAUCCAAUUUGAGAGCUCCACCAGACUGCUCUUGCAUGGUGACA